CCAAGAUCGACACAGUUCGACACCGAAGAACAAUCAGAAGAAAUGCAUCUGAAGAAAAUAUUCGCACUGUUCGUUGCGGGCCUGGCAGUAGCCCAGGCUGUCCCAACGUCGAAGACCGAAGAAACUUUGGAAAAGGAGAUCCUGAAGUUGGAAGAAGAAGUGAAGGACCUGGAGAGAUCUAAGAAGUCGGUGCUAUAUUUAAAUCAGCCUCCGACGCUCUUCCCAACUCAAACCUACAGUAUCCAGGUACCUGGGCAAUCAUCGAAGCAGACCCUAAGUAUCCAACAGCCUGAAUCUGUCCAAACCUUGAGCAUUCAAGCCAAUGGUCAACCAGGUCAGCUCCUCAACAUUCAAUCAGCGCCACAGGUUGCCGAAACCAUUAGCAUUCAAUCUAAUGGUCAACCAGCUCAGCUUCUUAACAUCCAAUCGGUGCCACAGGCUGUUGAAACCGUAAGCAUUCAAGCUAAUGGCCAACAAACUCAACUUUUCAAUAUCCAACCGGCACCACAAACUGUUGAAACGCUCAGCAUUCAACAACCUGCCCAAACUUUCAGUAUCCAAGCCAAUGGACUACCAAACCAGCUCCUUAAUAUCCAAUCCGUACCGCAAGCUGUCGAAACUCUCAGCAUCCAACAACCAGUUCAAACCUUGAGUAUCCAAGCCAAUGGUCAGCCAACUAAACUUUUCAAUAUUCAGCCCGUCCCACAAACUGUCGAAACUCUUAGUAUUCAAUCCAAUGGCCAACCAGCUCAGCUCCUCAAUAUUCAAUCGGGACCACAAACUGUCGAAACUCUCAGCAUCCAGUCCAAUCCUCAACAGCCUGCAGUCCUCAAUAUCCAAUCUGGAGCGCAAUCUGUCGAAACUCUCAGCAUCCAGCCAGCAGGACAGCCUGUUCAAACUCUGAGCUUUAUCCAGGGACAACCUAGCGCCACCGUGAUCGCUCAGCCGAGUUCGUCAUUCACGGAGAUCAUUCAAUCGGCUCAACCUGUGCCGGCGCAAACCAACGUGAACAUCGUUCAACAACCUUCGGUUUCGCUCAAGGAAUCUGUGGUGGUGUCAAACGAUCCAGUCGUCGAAACAAUCACCCGGGAAGUUGUCAAGCCCGUGGCGGAAGAAAUCAUCGUUUCGCCACUGCAAAAUGAAGUAGUCAUGGACGUUGCUUCGGUGGUACCAACUUACAGAGAGCAGGUGGUCGUUUCGCCAUCCAACUCUUUUUUCAUGAUGUCGGAUCCGGAGACUCUGUCCUACGUGAAUGUACCUCAAAUGCAGUUCUACAACCCAAGAGUUUUGACAGCAGUGAGGCCUGCGAACCUGGUGAUAGAGGAACCAAUGCGCGUAGUAAAGGAGAGCGUGGUCGACACCAUGCAAAGCAGAAUGUUGGGCGGCCGUGUGACCGAGUCAGUGGUCUCGCGCGUAUUUUAAAAUGUGUAAUACAGCAACUAUGGGAUCAGGGGUUAGACAUCAUAAUAGACGUAAUUGAUAGAAUAAUAUACAUGUUAUAUAUUAUUAAGAUGCAAAUAAAUAACACGUGAAUGUAUGCCUA